AUGGGCCUCUUUGGCAGCGACUCGCCUUCGAAGAAGGAGGAGACGGCGCCGCUCGUGACGCCCGAGAAGGAGGGGCUCCGCCAGCGGAGGAAAUCUCCCUUCACAAAGGCCGACGAGGAGAAGAAGGACAAGAUUGACCAGCUCGUGCUUGCAGCGUCAGACAAGGUGUCGCCGCAGGUGGCCGAGUGGCUCAAGAAGGCGGCGCCGGCGAUCCGAGCCAUCUCUCAGGCGCCGCCAUCGCCAGGCGCGUUUGGGCGCGCCAUCGCAACGAUCGCACCAUUCUACAUCAUGGCGGCGAAGAAGCUGUACGAGAUCGGCAACAAGCUGCCCUGGGACAUUCUGCAGGCCGUCAUCGGCCUCGGCCUCUGCUUUUUCGGCGGCGGUUAUUGCGCCUCGAUUGCCGCCGCGUUCGCGCUGACCGGCUGGCCCACCACACGGCAAGCGCUGAUCGACGUCUACGAGGAGGCCGCCAACGUGCUCGACGCAAACGAGGAGGACGACAAGAAGGACGAGGACAAGAACGGCGUCCGCGACAUCGACGAGGCGAAGACACGAGACACGAUUUUGGAAGGACGGUCAGGGGGACAGCGAGCAAUGGGCCUCUUUGGCAGCGACUCGCCUUCGAAGAAGGAGGAGACGGCGCCGCUCACAAGGUUCAUGCAGACCUUCAUCUCCGGGGUCCAGUCCUCCAUCAAGGGCGGGUUCAUGUUCUCCCGCGGCGUGAUGGCCCACCUUUGGGGGACUGGCCACAAGAACCUCGGCCCUCUCUCGCUCGACUCUGAGGACUUCCCCCCCCCCCCACCCCCGAACCGCAAGGCCUUUGGCUACUCGGUUGCCGCCCUCGGCUUCUACAUCCAGUGGUCGUGGGGCUUCGGCCUCCCCUUCCCGCUCAGCUUGGUGAUGCUCCCCUUCGACAUCCUGGAGUGGUACAUCCGCUGGUCCAUCUCUUCGGGCGGCGAGUGA